AUGGGGGGGGGGGGAUGCCACCUGCCCUGGCCCCUGGGAGGGCACAGCAGAGGCGCCGGCUCCCGGGUUCCCACGGAGAAAACUCGUGGAGGGCGCGCGUGGGCCGAGGAGGAGCAGGGACCAAGGGGACGCGGGCAGCUCGCUCUGGUCCCCCGGGUCGCGACGCGCGCCCUCUCCCCUCGCCGCCUCGGGUCCCCGAGCCGCCGCGCGUCCUUACCCGGAGCCCGCGGGCCGCGCGAGCAGGCAGCGGGCGGGUACUGGGCCGAAGCUCACGGCCGGCUCUCGGGAGGCAGCGGCUUCUGCGCGGCGCCCCGCCCUGAGCUUUUAUCUGAGCGGCAGGUGGCUCCCGCCCCUCCGGGUAUUUGCAUACCCGGCAGCCCGCCUCCAGCCGCCGCCGAGGCCGGGGGCGCGGGGCAGCUGGGGUCACCGUGCCGCGCGAGGGGGCGGCGGAUCCGUUUCCUUCGUGUCUUGGCCAGAUCCCCGAACCCCGAUCGGCUUGGGCUGGGGACCGGCGGGAUUCUGGAGAGCAUCAGACGGGGGUCCCAACCCCGCGACGGAGCAGAGCGGAAGACCGGGAGAAACACGGGAGGCGCUGGGGACCCGGACACCUGCCCUCCCUGCGUCUCUCCACUCUCUACUCCAUCCCUGGACAGCAACCGGGGACCGUGUCUCAAGGGGGAUCACCAAGAGACAGAACUGACCUGUCUGUUGGUGUCUGGAAAGCGCCACGACAGGGGGGAGAGGAUGUUGAAGAAAUUUCAGUGUGUUCCUGAGUGUGGGCUCCCCCUUGCCACCUGAAGCUAGCCAGACUGGCCACCUGCUACAGGGAAUGCUUUCAGACCACUGGAAAGAAGCCUAAGGCAUAAGAUCCCCAGAUGCAGCAGGAUGAAAAGUUAAUCCCGGAGGAAGGAAGGAGUGGCCAGUGCUUGAGGAGGAGUCUCCCGGCUCCAGCAAAGAGAACCCACCAGCGUUUCAAGCUCUGCCUUGGACUUGAGAGGAUCUGACCUCAAGUCUCCAGUUCUGUCAUGGAUCAGCUGUGCCCUUUCCAAGUACAAGCUCCUGUAGUCAGGUUUCCUCACCUAUAAAAUGAGGACAUCAAGGUCCUGUUGUUUUCCUUGUGUAUGUGCUUCAUUGCUCAGUCGUGCCCUAGUCUUUGCAACCCCCUGCUCUGUAGCCCGGAGAAGGCAAUGGCGCCUCACUCCAGUACUCUUGCCUGGAAAAUCCCAUGGAUGGAGGAGCCUGGAAGGCUGCA